AUGAGUGGCGCUGGCUCGAGAAAUUUGUCUCACGACUGCAACGGGUACAACUAUUUCUUGAAUACUCUGGACAACUCACUUGCGAACGAGGGAGCCUCAUUGGACACCCUCAAGUCGCACUACAACGACCUCGUGAGCUUUGUGCGGAAUCUAAGCCAAGAGGAAAAGGCAGAGAUCCAGCGGGAAAACCAGGACAGGCAUUUCCAGACUGUUAGCACGUAG